AAGGUUUGUCGUUGCUCAGGCCGCCGCAUCCCUAAGCGAGUCGUGCUGUUGCCAGCCCGGACUCCGGAGCUCUUUCCUCGUCCCCACGCUCGAGUUGCACACCGGAUCUCGCCAGCCGCUCACCCCAUCGCCCUGCGGGCCGCGCCUCCGGCAGCAUGUGUGGUAUAUUUGCUUACUUAAACUACCAUGUUCCUCGCACAAGAAGAGAAAUCUUAGAGACCCUAAUCAAAGGCCUUCAGAGACUGGAAUACAGAGGAUAUGAUUCUGCUGGUGUGGGAUUUGACGGAGGCAAUGACAAAGAUUGGGAAGCUAAUGCCUGUAAAAUUCAACUCAUUAAGAAGAAAGGAAAAGUUAAGGCACUGGAUGAAGAAGUUCAAAAACAACAGGAUAUGGAUUUGGAUAUAGAAUUUGAUGUCCACCUUGGGAUAGCUCAUACCCGUUGGGCAACCCAUGGAGAACCUAGUCCUGUCAAUAGCCACCCUCAGCGCUCUGACAAAAAUAAUGAGUUUAUUGUUAUUCAUAAUGGAAUCAUCACCAAUUACAAAGACUUGAAAAAGUUUUUGGAAAGCAAAGGAUAUGACUUUGAAUCUGAAACAGAUACAGAAACAAUUGCCAAGCUGGUGAAGUACAUGUAUGACAACUGGGAAAGUCAAGACAUCAGUUUUACUACGUUGGUGGAGAGAGUUAUCCAACAAUUGGAAGGUGCUUUUGCACUGGUAUUUAAAAGUGUUCAUUUUCCUGGGCAAGCAGUUGGCACAAGGCGAGGUAGCCCCUUAUUGAUCGGUGUGCGGAGUGAACACAAGCUUUCUACUGAUCACAUUCCAAUACUCUAUAGGACAGCUAGGACUCAGAUUGGAUCAAAAUUCACACGGUGGGGAUCACAGGGAGAAAGAGGCAAAGACAAGAAGGGAAGUUGCAAUCUCCCUCGUGUGGACAGUACAACUUGUCUUUUCCCUGUUGAAGAAAAAGCAGUAGAAUAUUAUUUUGCUUCUGAUGCAAGUGCUGUCAUAGAGCACACCAACCGUGUCAUCUUUCUAGAAGAUGAUGAUGUCGCAGCAGUGGUGGAUGGCCGUCUUUCUAUCCAUCGAAUUAAACGAACUGCAGGAGAUCACCCUGGACGAGCUGUGCAGACCCUCCAGAUGGAACUCCAGCAGAUCAUGAAGGGCAAUUUUAGUUCAUUUAUGCAGAAGGAAAUUUUUGAGCAGCCAGAAUCUGUUGUGAACACAAUGAGAGGAAGAGUCAACUUUGAUGACUACACAGUGAAUUUGGGUGGUUUGAAGGAUCACAUUAAGGAGAUCCAGAGAUGUCGGCGUUUGAUUCUUAUUGCUUGUGGAACAAGUUACCAUGCUGGUGUAGCAACACGUCAGGUUCUUGAGGAGCUGACUGAAUUGCCCGUGAUGGUGGAACUAGCCAGUGAUUUCCUGGAUAGAAACACGCCGGUCUUUCGAGAUGACGUUUGCUUUUUCAUUAGCCAAUCAGGUGAGACAGCAGAUACCCUGAUGGGACUUCGUUACUGUAAGGAGAGAGGAGCUUUAACUGUGGGGAUCACAAAUACAGUGGGCAGUUCAAUAUCACGGGAAACUGAUUGUGGAGUUCACAUUAAUGCUGGUCCUGAGGUUGGUGUGGCCAGUACAAAGGCGUACACCAGCCAGUUUGUAGCCCUUGUGAUGUUUGCCCUUAUGAUGUGUGAUGACAGGAUCUCCAUGCAAGAGAGACGCAAAGAGAUCAUGCUUGGGUUGAAGCAGCUGCCAGAUUUGAUUAAGGAAGUGCUGAGCAUGGAUGAUGAAAUUCAGAAACUGGCAACAGAACUUUAUCAUCAGAAGUCUGUCCUGAUAAUGGGACGAGGUUAUCAUUAUGCUACUUGUCUUGAAGGUGCCCUGAAAAUCAAAGAAAUUACUUACAUGCACUCCGAGGGCAUCCUUGCCGGUGAGUUGAAACAUGGCCCUCUAGCUUUGGUGGAUAAGCUAAUGCCUGUCAUCAUGAUCAUCAUGAGAGAUCACACUUAUGCCAAGUGUCAGAAUGCUUUUCAGCAAGUAGUUGCUCGGCAGGGGCGCCCUGUGGUGAUCUGUGAUAAGGAAGAUACUGAGACCAUCAAGAACACAAAGAGAACCAUCAAGGUUCCCCACUCUGUGGACUGCUUGCAGGGUAUUCUCAGUGUGAUCCCUUUGCAGUUGCUGGCUUUCCAUCUUGCUGUGCUCAGAGGCUAUGAUGUUGACUUUCCACGGAAUCUUGCCAAAUCUGUAACUGUAGAAUGAAGAACAUUUAUUUGAAACAUGGAAAAAUUCAGCAACAUAAAACACCUUUCAUAUUUAAAACUUUGAUUUAAAGUAUCACCUCUGGAAGCCUUUUUUAGUAAAUCCUUAUUUAUGUAUCAGUUAUAAUUAUUCCACUCAAGUUGUGAUUUUGUGAAAUUGACUCUUAAAACUUUUCCAUUACUAUAAUGAAUGAGUUUGAUGAAUGGAAUCUGUAUUGGAAUCUAUCUCCAAAAGAUUUUAACUGUCAUUUUCUUUCAAGAAGUAGGUACUAGGUUUCUAAGCCCUCCACUUCAGUCCGGGAGGAUUCUUUAAUUUUUAAAAGUAUUGCCGUUUGCUUCCAUUCAUUCAGACCAGUGAAAGAACAAUGCAUUUAAUUCGAUAUAUAAAACCAGUGGCAUCUACUGAAGGUUUGCUGGAGAUAUAUAUAAAAGAGAAGAUGCUGUGAUUUAUUUUGAAAUUUGCUUCUGUUUUCUUUUUAAACUGUACAACACAUAGACUAAACACUUUACUUGGGAUUCAUAUCUAAGUUCAGUUAACCUUAGUUCUUGUCUGUUAUCUGUAGCUGGAGGUAUUUUAGGAAGCAAAAUAUAACAGUGCAUCUGUGUCCUUCAACUCCUAACUAGAAUACAUGCACAAUUUUAUACCAUAAACAUUAACUUGGAACUGCUUUGGACAACUGAUGGUAUGAUUUUAAAUUUGAGGAUGGGAUGCUGGGUGUCCUCAUCCAUGUGUUUUCACUUCCUAAAAGUAGAAAUUAUCACCACUUAUUAUUUACUUCUUAAAUAAUUGGUAAGUGACCCUUUUAUUUCAUUAUUUGAAAUCAUAACCCAGAGCUACUAUCACAUGUCUUAAGUAAAUAUUGAUAAGGAAGGACUUUCCUGCAGAUAAUUUUAACUUGUUCACUACCUUUUCGGAUAGACUAAUACCCUUAGUGCCACUGUGGAGGUUAUUUGAAAUUACUUGGAAGAUUUGCAAAGUCUUUGACUAAUCAUUUGAGUCUAAAUAUAUAUAGUAGCCUGGGCUCAGAACAGUUCUGUGCUUUCUACCUAUGUUAGUGAAGAAUGGCAUCAUUGAGUAUUUAGCAUUACUUCUUGGAUUUUUUUUUUCCCCUCUCUGGGUUCUACUCUUAAAUUUUGGGGAAUGAAGACAAAAUAAAAAUGAUAUUGAGGUGCCUUCUGCUGAUUAGUGUCAAAAUGGUAGUCAACAAUUUUGAUUAAAACAUCUAAAAUAAAAUACUUGACAGCCCAAAAAUGUGAGUGAUAAUUUCUUCACAUUGCUUUUGGGGCCAGAUCAUUGUGGCUAUAGAUGAGUAUGUUUAUAUUUCGGUUAAGUCCUAUUCUCUCAAAAGUUUCCCUUUUUAAAUUGUCAAGGGGAAAUAUUUAGUACAAUUAUUAAUGAGUGCAGUCUUUUUUUCCUGUUUGAACUUCUUGAUGAUUAAGAUUGUCUAGUAUCAAGUAUUGCUGCAAGAGAAGCAUGCAGUUUUGCUAGUGGGGGAGGGCGUAUUUUGAGGCACCUUGCAGGGAUCUUACUGAGAGAGACAGGACACUUGACUUAGUUUUUCCUUCAUGUACACAGCUUCUUUAGCUAUAUUUAUCUACUCUAAUUGUUUAUGAGAUUUUGUUUAAACCUACUGGCUUUAGUAUAUGUACAACAUCAUUUCUUGUUUCAUUGAAUAGCAUUGGACACUGAUGAUGUGUAUAAUUUGUAGCAUUUGUUUGUUUUUUAAAUUAUUUUUUUGAAAAAU